CCCCCUGUGUGCUGCUGACUCCAGGCUCAGUGAAGAAGACGCCCUUAGCAACAACAGCACACAGCUGCGUCGAAUAAGAUACUCGAACCACAGAGAAGACGGAUUAAACACCGCCGCUUUGUUGCUCUGAGCACAGGUGAAGCUUUUCUGUCAGAGCAGGUUGUCUUUGCAGACAAAAUGGGGCUUGAGUACAGCUAGCGAGUUAGCCUUUAUUUGGGCUAACCAUCCCCCCCUAAAGAGGAGCGAAGCUACCCCAAGCUGUCCCGGGAGGAGGACACAAUCCUGGGGGUUCGACGUGUGCUAACAUCGCUAACUCCAAAGUAGGCUAUCCGGGACUAAGCACGGGAAUGGUGCUCUGGAUUGACACACUGUACCGACAGAGAAAGGCGAGGGGCACACGGGUCAGACCACCAAGCUGUAGCAUUUGGACUCAAACUAUUUUUAACGGAGGGAGCGGCUCUCGGUCGGACGAGUGUUUUUGUGGCUGUGCAAGCUAGCUGGCUAGCUAGCUGAGGGAAACGACCCCCCACCAUCACCACCGCCGCCUGCUCAGGUUUUUCAAGCUACAGCCGAGGCUAAUGUUAGCCGCAACACAACCCUGUGUUUUUUAUUGAAAAAGGAGAGAAAUCAGAGUAAAUUAUCAAUCAUAAGGAGAUAAAAAAAACACAUUUGGUGUCUGUUUUAUCCAAACACCAACUUCAGGGUUAACGGACUCAACUUUCCUCUCAAACAAAGUUGCAAAUGCUUUUUAACAAGUUUUCUACUCGUGUUCAACUGUUUUUGUUUUAUCGCUUUUACUCGGUAUUUUUGUCUACUUCGGAUGCUGGCAUCAAAUAUUAAUCGCAAUCAUGAUGAUAAUAAGCAGAAAACCAGAGGGCCCAAUAGCAACAGGUAACCACAACAUAAGUCUUGCACUCUUUCCUACUCCUACUUUUGUUCCCCUCGUGUUUUUGCAGACAUGUUUUGGUUUAAAAUGCUUCUUCAUGUUUAAGUUUGAUAUUGCCAACAUGGCAGCUGAGUCAGUUUUACAGACAUAAGUACCAUCCUUCUUCACAGAAUUAUACAUCUGAUCAAACGUGUUUGAUUGACAACAAGUUUGUUCAGUCCACGGACAGAGAGAGAACAGACGGAUGCUGUUUCUUGGUGGUAAACACGUUUUCUUUAGCUCUUGAAACCUAUAUCAAUCACGAGACCUCUGCGUGUGAACGUUGAAGAGGAAACGAGGAAGCUCUACUCUGUUUUUAUGCCUUCCCUGAAAGCAUUUAUUGUCUUGAUAAGCCUUAAUAUUCGUAAACAACCCGGUCUAAGUUUAUACCAUGAAGUCAUAGAUUUAUUGUUUUAUUGUUUUGUAUGUUUGCACUGACCCCGUGUCUGUUUGCCUUUCGUGUUUGCAGUACAAGGAAUACUUAAACUACAAGAUUAAUCACUGUACCGUGGCUUUCAGUUAGAUUUUCCUUAUGUCAUACAUUGGACCAUGCAUUGUCCUUGAAGAGACACUCUGUCCCGCAAACUAGUGAGAGAACAAAAAAACUGCAACUUGACUACAGUCCCACCCCCUCUAACACGUUUUAUGCCUCAUGAUCAGCUGUAUGUCUGUUUGUUUGAACCUUGUUCUCUCCUCUCUGCUUUGUGUGUGUUUGUGGGGUGGAAGAGGAGGGGGUUGUCACAGUGUGGAGAGCUGAAAGCCAGCAGGACACUUCAGCGUAGAUGUUUGGUUACACUGUAGUCUGGACUCUGUUUAAUUUUCUUCCUUGAGUGAGAUGCGGUACAGAGAGAGAGCGCUGAGCCCCCACAGAGUGAUUAAGAGUUUGCACCCAGACGGCUAAUGGGGUCUGCUAAUGUUGUGUGAGUGGAGACCUAAUGCCUGUGUUUGCUGUGCUGUGCAGGUCUAAUGCAUCAGUAUCCAGGCUGCGGUUCUAAUCUGUCCCGUAGCAGGUCUGUUGACGGGCUGGGGACACAGGCUCUGACGCACCUGGGCAUGGUUACACCACUCUCAAGGGCUGCUACAGUUAUAAGCCCUGAACUAAUGAGCUAACACAGUACAAUAGCUUUGUAAUUGGCUUACACUAACAGGCUACUACUCAGCCACAUUUCAGUCAUUAAUACAGAAGACCCACUUCUAUUGCACCAGCAACCUGUGGGUACGCUAGACAGCUGACAGACUGAACAGCCGGUCAGUUGAGGUUUGUCAUUUGAGUAAGUGGCUUCCUUCUACAGCCCCACAUGCUCGUCUCUUCCCUCUACUCGCGCUCACUAUCAUCUCAAUGUGAGGUGUUUGGCUCGGUGCCGCAGAGGUGAGCACCCACACACACUUGGCACUAUUAAAUGACAAGAACCCACAUCCGUCCACAUGAUCUCUAUUUCUGAGCACACCUGGUGUGUGCACUAUAUGACUCGGGACGAAUGGACAGAUGGGCAGAUGGAAAGAUGCUGUCGUCACUGAGGCAUCUGUUACCCCUAUUAGGCCAAUAAUACCACUUGCGGCGCUAGCGAUCCGGGACCCUAAGCUCUAUCUAAGCCGGUCAGGUUGGAGUGCUGGCCAUGGAUAAAAGUCUUGAACACAAUAGAUGCAAUUGACAUAUCUGGUGAUAAUGCUCCUUUCACUGUUCCUGUGUCGCGGCUUUGCUGAGGUCGGUUCCGUGGAUUUGUUUAGCCUUACAAAACAGUUGCGUCGUCACUGAAACCAGUGCUCCGAUUGAUGACAUAAUCAAUAAGACUCUGCUUAAUCAAAUAAGGGACUGUUUGGCCACAUGGAGGUCGAAUUGCAUUCUACGACCGUUACCUGGAACAUCAUCCUUUGCCCUUGUCCCUGGAUUCAUCAGUGUUGGAAGAUUUAGUGAUUCUCUCAAAUCACGCUUUGUUUUCCUGUUCAUUUUUUGUCCUUCCAGCACGCCAUGGAGACGGCCUGUAUGACUCUUACAUGAGGACAGACCACAUUCUGAAAGACGAAGCCGACACAAACAGUCCACCUGGGCUGCCCCCUAUGCCCAAACACACAGUAAGUACAACACACACGCACACACAAAGCCUGUAAAGCCGUAUUUCCUGUGCUGAAACACGCUCUGUCUCCAGACGUCCUGUUCCUUAGUUUUUCCACACUCAGCCUUUUCACAUCCACCUCUCCUUCUGUAUCUCACUCUUUCUUUUUGGGUUAGGUCGUUUAUCUCUUAUCUAUUUUUUUUCGUUAUCUCUAACCCUUGUGAUUUAGUCAGGGUUUUAUACCCUUCAGGGGGAACAACACGUGAUGAUGUGAGUAAUAUUGACUGACUGCCCGAGGGCUUUGAGGGUGUUUGUUUCAGUGAGCAGUUCUUCUCACUGUUAAAUGGAGCCACUUCAUUUCUCUAGCCCAGGCUAUACAAAGAUAAAACUGUAAUCAGCAGCCUUUUAAGGAGGAAAACGGUUCAUUUCUGAGAACCGAAGGUGAAAAAAAUGAAUGAUUCCCAAUAAUUGGACACUCUGAAUGGUUUUCAGUUUCCUAUAUUUGUGAGGAUUUUUCUUCAUUUCGGCAAAAGAAGCAGUUUUCAAUGCGCAGGUGUGAAUAAAGUUAUUUUAUCAUUCCUGAACUGCAGGUAUUUGAGGUGGAUUUUGUAGGUUUUUGAUAGUUUUAAGUCCUUUUUUCAUGAAUAUAGUUGGUUAUAUAUUUUGCACUCUUUUUUUUUUAAAUUAAAUAAGUCUAAAAAUUAUUAUUUGUCAGCUUUAACAUGUUUAAGAUUUCUCAACCAUCAAAACUAAAUUCCUCUUCACUUGAAAGUUAAUCUAGUGUAGUACUGGCGAGGUUCCCCUCCACCUGAUUUGCCUCUCUGAAAAGCCCCUUUGGCAGAAUGUGCACAUUCACGGACAAAGCCACUCCACAGCCUCCCACACAUGUAGAGGGAAAACGGCCGGUUUGAUAUAUUCUAAAGAUUUAUUGGGCUUGAAAAUGUGACCCACAAACAAAAUCACCAAUCAACAAUCCACCCCUACCCACCCUCCACUCCCCUCCUUCUAUCUGGUGUAAUCCACCAUCAGUGGGCUCGCGCUGUGGUUAGGCCUAGUUUUCUAUUCUAGUCCUGCCUCUUUUUCUUUGUAUUUUGUGUCACGCUCACAGAGGUGAUAUGCCCCGCUCAAUGUGACACACAGUUGCCUGCCCCACUUCAACCUCGAGUACAAUGCUCACAUUUGCCUCGUGUGCUAGUAGAUUAUUAAAGUGUAUGUCGCUGUUUCAUGUCAAGGUACAAACUUAUGAGAUAAAUCACACUAGUGCUGAAACUUUCAAAUAAUGUAAAGUUAAUGAGAUGGCACAUUGAUUUUGGUUAUGAUGGUGACCCAGCUUUAAUCUUUCUACAUGACCGUGAUCUUCUGAUGUGUACGUGUGCCAAAGGGUUACAAGUGUUGAGUUGUGCAGCCCUAGUGAGUGUGUGUCCCAGGCAAGGAGAGACGCAUACUUAUGUGUUUCUCUGAAAGCAAAGAGAUUAGCUCGUCUCCAUCUGUUGCGCCGCACACAGAUUUGCACACAGACAACUCUCCGUAUCACUCGGCGGUAGAGAAUAUCUAGUCUCCCAGUUUUCAUUCGAAUCAUCGGCCGCUUUUUCAAAUGUUCUUUCUAACUGGCUUCCCCGUCAGCUAAAAAUCAAUUAAACACAGUGAUGCUCAACACACUGAUUGAUUUUGAUUUUGUGUGUCUCUGUGGGUGAAGGGUCUCCAAUCAAUGCCAUUUAUUGUGUUUGUGGAGCAGCUUUGGUUCAACAGCUGCCCGGGAUCCUGGGUCAGCAGUGAGACCGCUUUAACAAGUUAAGACUAUAUGGUUACACAUAUGGAAGCCCGUCCUGCAUUCCUUCUCUAUUUUUAGGACUUCAUCUUACAACACAAACACACUCCGAGCAGAGUCGGCUUUUAGUGGAACGUGUCAACACCCACUUUUGAUAUGCGUUUCCUUGUUGUGCUGUCUUUAUCAGCUGACCUACUCCGCUGUAAUCACAAGUUAGAGGAAGGCUCCAGAGUUUAACGGGAGAAAAUAAUGUCAUAAAUCUUCAAGUCCGAUCCCUCGCUCACGCGGGUGUAACCAUACUGCCUGCGAACGGUCAUGUGAGAGAAACAGUAAAUCUGCCUGUCUGUGUGUGUCUGUAUAUAGUUGAGUUUAUGUCAGUGUAUCUUAUUAACAGCAGCACUGCUUGUACGGUUUAAGAGCAUAAUCUAACUUUAAUGACCGUCAUUUCCCUUGUGCUCCAUAAUCUUGCGGAGGGUUCUUUCCGCUGGUGCGCGAGAGAAGAGAGGGAGAGACGCAGACAAAAGAGGAAGAGGAGGAAUGAAUUCCUGGGGUUCUUAAAAUGAAACAGUUUGCUGGCAGGCAAGACUGUAGCGCUAGUCUGGAACUCUCUUAAGUAUAGGUGUAUGCGUCACUCUUUAGAAAAUGACCAUAACUGUGCAGUAAGUGUGCGUAUACAAGCUGGUUUUGCUGUUUCUUCCUCUGCAUUUGUGCCGAUCUUGCAGGGAUUAGCACUAUCAGCAGUUGCGUCAAACCCCUCUUAGAUUGCGAAUCUUUUAAAAAACUAGCGCUUGAUUUUGACACAUGAAUGGGUUUUUCUUUUCUUUUGUACAAUUCUCAGCCCAGCAUUGGUAAUACCUUUCAGCUAAAUGCUAAAAGCUCGUAAACAAACGGGGAGGAGGGGACUUGGGUCCUCUUGCGUGAGGUAUGGUUGGGGGUGGGUCCUUUUUUUAUUCUGUGGAGUUUUUCCAGUUAUGCUGGUUUAAAUGCUGCACGCCGCAUUCUGCUAAUGACUCACUGCUUGUAAAUCCAAAGUAGGCCUGCAUCAGACCAAACUGGACUAGAUGUCUUCACUAGUUUUACUCUCUGUGUUUGACUGUGAAAUUAUUCCGAAGUUUUUUUUUUGUGUGGAUGUAUUCAAACAGUGCCAGCAUCUGUUUUCAGAUUUUCUGCCAUGCUUUCACAUGCCUACAAGUGAGAAUAAAAGACCUGUUAUAUCUGUCAGCUGUUUACAUGACGUACUAACAAGAGUUAAGUAAAUACAUGUUUGUGAGGUCUGACUCCUGUGGCUGUGUCCUUAAAACUUUCAAAGAGUCAUUCACAAACCCAUAGAAAUGUCUUUUUUCUCGUCUGAAAACACGUCAUGUGCUGCAGCUUUUUACACAAUGUAAUAUGAACACUGAUCUUAGACUGACUGAGCUUCAGUCAAGGGUUCAACAAAUGGGUUUUCUAAGAGCUUUGUCUCUCUUUCUUUGUCUCUUCUUCUCCUCUUAGGUUGUGAGUAACAAGGCUGUCAUGAGGGAUCAGGUAACUGUGCGAGGCAGCCAGCUGAAGGUCAAGUAUCUAUAUGAAGACUCCACCAACAACCGAAAGAUCAAUGCCAUAACUACAGCAACCACUCAGAACAGCGGGACCACCGGUCAGACGCCCAGUAAACCUGCCCCUGUCUCCGGCCUGUCCAAGGAGCACAGUGUCGAUAGGUGAGAAAGGCAGCAAACGAACAUCCUUUGAAGCCACUGUAACUGCUUUGACCGGAGGGGGAGAAACACGACUUCACUUGUUAAUUGCCAUGUUUUUAUCCUGCUUCUCUGUCACAGCACUGAGUCCAGCAAAGGCUCCAGCGAAUCCUCCGGCCCACACGGAGUCGGGAAUGGAGGGAACAGUGGGAAGCUGUGUGGCCCUCUCAGCCCUGAUCAGGCUCUGAGACUGUAUAGAUCUCAGCUGACCUCCCUAGAGCAAUCAGAGAUCCACUCCUACCCGGAUGUCUACUUUGUGGGACCGAACGCCAAGAAGAGGCCUGCUGUUGCUGGGGGCAACAACAAUUGUGGCUAUGAUGACGAGCAGGGAGGAUACAUUCAUGUUCCCCAUGACCAUCUGGCUUACCGCUAUGAGUUCCUCAAGGUCAGUAAGACACAAAGUGAGACUUAAAAGUCUUUUAGAGACUAUUGUGCUCGGUUGUCUGCUGCUAACACAGUUUUCCUUCUCCAUCUUUGCUUCCCAAUUCAGAUUAUCGGUAAAGGCAGCUUUGGUCAGGUGGCCAAGGUGUACGACCACAAGCUGCAGCAGCAUCUAGCUCUGAAAAUGGUGCGCAACGAGAAGCGUUUCCACAGACAAGCUCAGGAGGAGAUCCGCAUCCUGGAGCACUUGCGCAAGCAGGACCGCAACGGCACCAUGAACGUGGUACACAUGCUCGAGAACUUCACCUUCCGCAACCACAUCUGCAUGACCUUUGAGCUGCUGAGCAUGAACCUGUACGAGCUCAUCAAGCGCAAUAAGUUCCAGGGCUUCAGCUUGCCGCUGGUCAGGAAGUUUGCACACUCCAUCCUGCAGUGCCUGGACGCUCUGAGCCGGCACAGGAUCAUCCACUGUGACCUCAAGCCCGAGAACAUUCUGCUCAAACAGCAGGGACGGAGCGGCAUCAAGGUAGAGCGUCCGAAACAUCCACAAGGAGUCUGAAAUCAUGCAAAAGCUCAGCGUAACAUGGUCCUGAUAAUGAUGUUGACUUACACUGUUUUCUCUACUGUCUAUGUCAGGUGAUCGACUUUGGCUCCAGCUGUUUCGAACACCAGCGGGUCUACACCUACAUCCAGUCUCGUUUCUACCGGGCUCCAGAGGUGAUCCUCGGUUCACGUUACGGCCUCCCCAUCGACAUGUGGAGCUUCGGCUGCAUACUGGCUGAGCUGCUGACCGGCUACCCUCUGUUCCCCGGCGAGGACGAGGGCGACCAGCUGGCUUGCGUCAUGGAGCUUCUGGGUAUGCCUCCGCAGAAGGUCUUGGAGCAAGCGAAACGGGCAAAGAACUUCAUCAACUCCAAGGGCCACCCUCGCUACUGCGGGGCAAACACCCUGCCCACAGGGGCCACGGUGCUGACGGGGUCUCGCUCUCGUCGCGGCAAGAUGAGAGGCCCCCCAGGCAGCAAAGAGUGGAGUGCCGCGCUGAAGGGCUGCGAGGACCCCACCUUUACUGACUUCAUAAAGAAGUGUUUGGACUGGGACCCUUCGUCUCGACUCACCCCCAGCCAGGCUCUCAGACAUCCGUGGUUGUAUCGGCGCCUACCCAAGCCCCUAACUGGGACCGAUAAGAGCCAAGGGGCCACAGUGAAACGGCUCCCUGAGCACCACAGCACCUCCUUCCCUUCUAUCCUGGCCAAAGGGGGGCCUGGUUUAGGCACCGCAGCGGCCAACAACAAACUGAGGAGCAACAUGAUGGGAAAUUCUGAGGAAGCCAUACCUUUGCGUACAGUCCUACCCAAACUUGUCUCUUAGAAAUAAAGAGAGAGAGAGAGAGACCUGUAAUCUCCUCCAUCUCCUUCCACUCUCUCCUCCUCUGCACUCCUCAGGAGGGGUCAGAGCGCAGGAGAAAGUGGAGCCUAGGUUUUAAAACUUGUUUGGUUGUUCUUUUAUUUGUUUUCCGCUGCGAGGUGUCGACACCCCCAGUUCCUGGUUUUUAAUAUUAGCGAAGCAGAGAGAGACAAUAUAAGAAACAAUCGAAAAAGAAAAAAAAAGUUUUUAUACAGAGGAUUUUCUUGAGCGGCUGUGGAGUUUCUGUAAACAGCCAUUGAUAAGUUUUUGAUUUAGAUAAAGCUUUUUAAAAACUUCCUUGUGUGAGUGGACAGCUUGGUAAAUGAGCAAAUGGUUUUUAACCUGUGUGUGUGUGUUCUCACGUGUUUUAGUAAAACACUCUCAAGCACACCUGCACUGUCACUUGCCUCACUCGACACUCUUUCUUAACCCUCAAAAGACGCCGACCUUUCCCGGGAGGUGUUUGAAUGAGUGAAACUUGAAAAGGGCUACAGACUUACUCUUAUCAGGUCAGAUGUGGCAUUCAAAGAUUUUUUUUCUGCCAACAUAAUUUAAUAAAAGAAUCAUCCUUUUAGUGUUCAGGCCCUGCAUGCACUAGCACACUUAUCCCUCAUAUUUACAACAUAAAUGCCUUCACACAUGGAUUGGCAUCAUGUAUUGACUAAUUUGGAGGAUAUUUUUUUAGCAAUAAGCGCUCACUUCUCUGUCCUUUUUCUAACUGCGCCUGUUUCCGUCUUUUCCACAACCCUUGGUGCUUGCAUGUCAACUCAGUAUGUGAGAUUCGUGUGUGUGUGUGUGUGUGUGCUUUCGCUUUGCUGUGCUACUGUGGGAGACAUUGUGAGGCAGCAGGGUAACCCAUUUAUGGCUUUUGUCCUCCUCGCUUAAGUGAGUAGAGGUGGUAGAGGUCGAGGACGGUGGAACUGUUACGAGGGUGCGAACGUCACACUUGAUUCUCACAGCUUGUGCAUAUAUUUUACAAAUGGAGCGAGUAAGCAUUUGCACAUACACACAUAUUGGUUUGAAGGGUUAGCUUUGGGAAAGUUAAAAGUUUGAGUGUCACCUGCCCAUGCUUCUGAUUAUCCGCUGUGGUGCAUUAUUCCCGCAGGAAGAAAAAGUGAAAUGUGAAAGAGAAAUAAAAAGUGGGAUGUUAAUUGUGAGCCAAGAAGAGCUGACAGGGUGGGCAAGUGACAAAGAAGGUUUUUAUUUUUUUUAAUGGUACAGUAGAAAGUGUUUCUCAGGGAGACAUACUUGAUACAUCCCUAAAUCUUCUAUUAACUGUGCUCCUCUUACUGUCCCGACCGUGGAAGAACAUGCAUGCAGUUCUGUCCACUGAGAGCGAGAGAAUGCACAUACAAGCUCCUGCAAAAGGGGGUCUGCAUGCUCCACAAUCUGACCUAGAUUCCUCCCCCCUCCUCCCGCCAUCACCGUCUCUUUCUCUCUUGUUCUACUCACUCUCAUGUAGGGCAGGGAACCUCUUAAACUCACACAUAUUAAGUGAAUUAUGGUGCUGUCCAAAGCCUACACACACACACACACACAUAGACACACGUUAACUCACAUCAGGUGCAUGUUGUAUGGACCACACCGCUCAAAGAGUUCUUUCUCUCAUCCCUCAAAAGUGAAAGUGUCAGGGAUUUCUACUCUGCUCCAUUUUUUUUUAGUAGAAGUGAUUUCUAUUACUACACAGCCCAGAAUAUCAGAGGAUGUAAAAUGCAAAAAAAAAGGAAAAAGAGAAAGUUGUGUACUGUCAUGUUGUACUAGUGGUUUGUGUUAGUAGGAGGACGUUUGGUGUUACAGCAUGAAAUCACAACCUGUUAUCAGACCGAGUGACUAUGAGAAGAGAAACUGUACAGUAACCAAAUGAAGUUGUGAUAGUUUCUUUUUCUAAAGAAAAUAAAAUGAUUAUUAACUGAAA